UCCCGCUGCCUGUACUUCGAAGUGUUUUCGGUAUUCUGUGAUUUGUUAUUUCUAUGUUGAUAAAAUUCGUUUCGCGGGACAACUAACUGCUAAUGCAACUAAAAUGGAAAGUGCACAUGAUGUCAAGCCUCGUCUGGCUGAGGCGGCGUCUAGGCUGUCUAGCAAGGAGAUACCGUGCAUUUUCUGCAAGAAAUUGUGGGAAAGUCGGCUGACGAUUAUCAACGAUAAGAAAGAUAUUUUGGGAGCGCUAGACGCGCUUGGUGUCAAGUACGAAUCCAUACCUGGCGUCAUGGACUACGCUUGCUAUAAAUGCGUCUACAGGAUAAACGUUAUCAUCGAUUUCCGCCGGUUGCUGGAACGUAACAUUAAUAAAACCCGUGCAAAUUAUUACUAUGCCCUAGGCAAUAAGGACAUGUGUCGAAAGUUUCUUGUGUCCAAUGACGCAAAUAUUUCAAACACAGUGAACAGCGCCUCCAGCGACUGUUUGAAUCUGCUUAUAACUGAUGUACGAUCUGAACGCGAGCCAGAAAGAACUGCUGAUUUUCUUUUCGACUGCUUCAAUGAUCCUGACAUGUAUUCACUGCACUAUACGCAGGAUCGCGAUGAGAAUGCACUGAACACGCAAUCGCGGCUUCUUGAACCAAUGUUUGAAACGGAAUUCGCAGACGCAAAUAAUGGUGGGAUGCGUCGGGGCGACAGCAAGUACAAGAAUUAUAAUAACUUAAAUGAUAGCAAAUAUAAUUAUAAGUGCCAAUUUUGUACAAAAACUUAUAAGAGGGUGUAUUACUUAAAGAAACAUGAGCGUAAGCAUCGGGCUCAAUUGUUACGUAAAGAUUCGACUCGGUCAGUGGCAUUAAGCCAUACUUUCAGAUGUGAACGUUGCCAUGAUGUUUUCGAGUCGAAAGUCCUUUUGAAAAAUCAUCAAUUAUCUCAUCGACACCGCAUCAAAUGCUCAUAUUGUACAGCUGAAUUUUAUCUUCGCCAUGAUUUGGAUCUUCAUGAAGCGAAAUGCUACGGAGAAAUAAGUGCUAAGGAUGACGCGGUUAGCGUUCGAACAUAUUACACUCGGUCACGGACGAAGCCGCGAACUUCACUAGUUGAAUCUGAAAAUGAAAGCUCGGACUGUGACACGUUAUACAAGGAACGAAUGCGCAAUGUCGACGAUUGGGUUGAAAAUGUCGAUGUUAAUUACGAUCCCGAUAAUAUAACGAUUAACACUAGACACGAUGAUGAUAACAUGUCCGUAUCUUCACGUGCUUUUUCGUUUGUAAGUGCAUUUUCGCGAGCAUCUACCGCCGCGACUGGAACUAGUUAUACUGAUACGGAACGAUCAUCAAUGAUAAGUGCUCGUGUUGAAGAACGUGUAACAUAUGAAAAGCCAAAGUUCAAUAAAAAAUUGCUCUCGACAAAGUCAAGUGUUUAUGGUGGUGCAAAAAGGACGCGAAACGAAGUGAAUCGUGCUGAGCAAUUGGAACUUUUAGAUAAUUUUUUGAAUAGUCAAAGUGAUAAUGAGUAUAGUACACCCAACUGGCAACGGAUACGGAACCGUGCAAAACGGGAAAAUAAAGCAAAAGCAAACAAAGAAGGAGAAUCAAGGCCGAUAUACUACUGUCAAUAUUCAAAAUGCUAUUUCUUCCAUGAGUCGCUAUUAGGUAUUAUGGACCAUGAUAUAGAGGUGCAUUUGCAGCUUCCUUUGUAUCGCUGUACAGAAUGCUCGCUUCGAUUUACACGACCAAACUACCUUCAGUGUCACAAAAUGGACCACCCCGCCAAGCAUCAUCCGUGCCAUUUAUGUAACAACACAUUUGAAUAUAUUCACGAGCUGAAAUAUCAUUUGGAGCUUCAUGCCAUAAGGUCACAUAAGUGCCCUUUCUGUCCCCGAUCUUUUCUGAAAGAGACUGAGCUCGAAAGUCAUAUCGCGGAGAAGUCACAUCUGAACAUGGGAGGAUUUCCAGUGGAACAUCAUAGGCUGUUCGACGAUUCUAGUGGUUGUGAAGGUGAAAACCCGACCGUUCUAAGCGAAAAUUGUCCAGAAAAUUCGGGAGAUUCGAAAACUUACCAAAUUUACUAUAGGCCGCAGGUGGACACUUUGGUACCAAGAAUGAAGUAUGAGCGGGUGCGAUGGAAAUUAGCACAAGCUUUGGGAUACAGCUCCGGAAUAAAUCAACUAGCAGAAGUUGAGCCAGUUGCUCGUGAUGGAACUAAUGAGCUUCCGAUUGAGGAAAACUUGUCAAAAGAAACGACAGCAGAGAAGAAUGAUGAGUCUACAAAAGUUCCUGCGGGCGACAUAUCGUCACAGGAAGUUCCUGCGGUUGACAUAUCUUCAAAGGAGGUUCCUGCGGACGACAUAUCCUCAAAGGAAGUUCCUGCAGGCGACAUAUCCUCAAAGGAAGUUCCGGCGGACGUCAUAUCCUCAAAGGAAGUUCCUGCGGACGUCAUAUCCUCAAAGGAAGUUCCUGCAGGCGUCAUAUCCUCAGAAGUAGUUCCUCCGGGUGACUUACCCUCAAAGGAAGUUCCUGUGGACGACAUAUCAGAAGCUGAAGCAGACAAAACUGAACAACGGCCUGAAACGCCUGUAGAUUUUGAAGCUCUUGAGCUUUUUUCAACUGAUGCAAUCGAAGUCGAAGAGGUGGAUGAUGAUGAUGAUAAUAACAACGAAAUGGAAAAAGCAGAUAACAUUACACUUAGCAGAAAACGAAAAAGAGAGCAAUGGGCAAAGACUUUGAAGUUUCCGAAACUUUCUCCUUCCCUACUUGGCCCCAGCUUACCAUCAUAUUCAUCAAUAUGUGAGUCGAAAACAAGAGCUAGAAGAACUAGAUUAAGAAUAUUGCCGCUCCCAAAUAAUUCGCAACCUAGUAGGUUUCCACUCUGAUGGCAAUAAUUAUAUUUAGUCCUUUAAGAUUUUAUUGUGCAUUACACCAAGAGUUGGCAAUCAAUUUAGAAAAAGUACUUUCAUUAUUGAAUGACUGAUUAAAUGAAGAAUAUUUGAUUGCAA